AUGGCAUAUGCCUCCAGCCGCGAUGCGCUGCGUGAGUUGGGUCGGGACGCAGAGUUCGAGGAUGAUGUUGUCCACUACAAUUAUCGGUGCUGGACCGCAAACGAGGCGAAUCGGAAUUUCACUAGUCAGGAGCGGCAAAGAGUGCUCGGACAGUCUCGUGAAGGGGUUUUCGAAAGGCACUACCAAUUCCAAUAUGAUGUUGUCCUCCGGCUGUCUCAGAAAAGUCUCCUCCAGGUUGGUGGAAGCAUGCUCAGGAAAUGGAAUCCCUCCGCUCCCUCCUCUGAACUGACCGAGGAGCAGCGUCACAUUAUCUGCCAGGACCCUCGAAUCUUAGACCUCAGGCGAGCGAAAAGAGAGGUGAUGGAAGGAUUGCGAUCUCUUGCUGGUACAAAAAGGGAAGCUCAGGAGACUUACCCUCAUCUCUACCAGAGGCAGGAGUCGAUUUCGAAAGAGCUUUCCCAGCUGAGGAAAACUCUAGCCAAGGAUACCAAGGAGACAACUAGGAAGGAUUAUUUCUACAAUGCGUCCAUACUCGAAGUCGACAGACAGAUUAAGCAACUCCUUAGUCAGGCCGACCCUGAGGACCGCGACGGUGAAGGCCUCGACAAGAAGGAGUGGGAACUUCCUAUCCCCAAAUAUGUGUUGAGAAUUUUUAUAGGCCAGAUGCAGAGAGCUUUGAAGAUGAUAAGCUUCUCAACCCAAGGCAAAGGAUUGUCCAAACGGUUCGGAUUCAAGGCAAAGAUCAUAUUGGCUGUCUCCGAUUCUGUUGACAAUGUUUUGGAUCGUCGAGUCUCGUUUCAGCUUUUUCCAGACCGAACUGAAUAUCUAGGUGACGGAUAAGUCCCUCAUCCUUUCCUGUCUUCGUACUGAUCCAACGCCAUGGAUAUUAUUAGCACUUGACCUUUCCACUCCUUCUUUGUCGUCACAGUUUCGCUGGGCCGUGGACACGUGGGGCUACAUUGAUUCACCUUCUCUAUGCCAUUAUCAACGUUUUCUGUCUCUCUUUCCGUUUCCUGUCGUUAGCAGAUGCUGCAGGGUAGAGCAGGGACUUUGGGCGUGGUCAACAUGGUCGCUCUGUUCGUGGCGGGAAACCUGAGUGCAUAUACAGAUAUCUUGAGUAUUUCUCGACACAUCUGUAGCAGAUCCACCGGGCUACUGCUUGGAUGGUUAGCACAUUGUUAGCUUUACAUGUCAUUUUGAUAUUCACUAUCCAG